AACGUGUAGUAAUUUAUCACGUUAUAGAUAUUAACUGCGUAUACUAAGUUAUAGGCCUAACGUGACACAAGAUGACGCUUCCGUGGAAAUUAAUAUUUUCUUAGAAACUUUUUUUCUAGUUUGAAGUUUGCGACCUGAAGUCACGGGUGUAACCGAGCAACCCGUCGCCAAGCAACAAACACUGGGCUCCCACAGGUCAUGGUGUUCCACUCACCAGAGGCUGCCACCGGCUAGCAAAGGAAGAUUUUUAUUUUGAGUCCUGUGUAGGACGUUGUGAAGAUGGUUGCACCGGGAGAGAAGAGCACAACGACUACAGUGCUCUUUCCCAGUCUGAAUCUGAGGCUGCUGUCUCAAGGCACUGGAAGAACCGCUGAAAAGCAGGAUUUAUACAAACAGGAUGUGAAGCCACCCCCACGCAAGGUACCUCUGUCCGAGAACACGUGCAACUUGUUCACCCACGGCCUCAGUCGCCUGCAGCAUUUCUCCUCUGACAGCCCCGUGCGUUUCAUAAUGUAUUCUGAAGCAGCUGCAGCAUUGAUUAGCCUCCACGCGGACAACACCGCCUGCCUUUACAGAGCCGAUGGCCACAAGCAGACGCUCUUAACCUGCAUACCUUACAUGGGCUUGACUGCCACAAAGAUGUCUGGCUGUGUGGUAGGCUGGGGCCCCGGGCCCGUCUUCACACUUCUGGACAGUGAGCUGUGCCCGCUGGACGUUGGUCGCGACGCCCUGGACAUACGCGUGUGUCAGGCUGCAGAGCACUCCACGGAGCUGGUGACUGCAGGUGUGGGGAAUGUGUGCGUGUGGUCGGUGAUGCUCAUGAGGUGUAAGGUGAAGAUACAGGACGGGCUGCAAGAGUGUGUUUUCACUCACAUGACACUGGCCCCUCCACGAUCUGACAGGCCUCACAGGGGCUUUGCUGUGAGUGGGCCGGUGGUGACGGUGGUCGACCUAGAUGGCGGGAGGGUUUUGGAGCACAAAAAGAACCUCUGCUCCUGCGACAUCACUGCAGUGGUUUACUGCUUCCAACUGGACUGUUUGAUCAUUGCUUCCCAAGAUCUCUUCAUCAGAGUAUGGGGUCCAGACUGGGUGCCACGUGUUGCUUUUUCCGGGCACAAGGAUGUGGUGAAUUCCUUGUACUACAGCUCCAAAUUAAACGUGCUGAUAUCUUCCUCUUUGGACUGCACAAUCCGCUGCUGGAAUGUGGAAGAGUGCGACGUGCAUGAGUGUGUCCAGACAGAGCAGAAAAAUCCUCCACUGUACAUGGGAGGCACUAGAAAAGAAGAUAUCUUUUUCUCCUUCUCACACCAAGGGGUGGAUUUCUGGGCCAUCAGAACGUUGUAUACCCUCCACUGCAAAUUAAGAGGCAGCGAAGACACCUUAUUGAGACGAAUCCACGUUUCACACUUCCCUGCUCCUUACCCUACACGAGUCCUCUGUGUUACUGGGGACAACGAUGUCACUCUUGUGGCUGCAGGAACUGGAGCGUUGCUGACUUCAUUCAAGGCAAAGGACAGGAUCUUGUGUGCCGACUACUGCCUGCACAAAGAGAUUCUGUUGGCCUUGACUGAGGCAGGUACAGUGCUGCAAGCCAACACGCUCACUAAUCCAAUCACUUUAAUGCAAGAAUGGGAAGGCAGAGGACAGGGUCCCUGGCAGGAGAAGGACCACUUGAUUCAAAGUAAAGCUGAGAAUCUGGCGACCCCUGGUCCAGCCUGCUGCCUGGUCCUCUACGUUUAUGUGGUGGACGCAGAGAAAGCUCUAGAGGAGUGGAGAGACUUACAGGAGAACAGAGGCUGCAGACGCAGGAGCAAGGCUUUACGUGAUGACACCAAGAAUAAGUUUUUGAUUAUCCUUGGCCAAAGCGGAGGCUGUGUGAGUGCUCUGAAAAUAAACAAUGGGAAGGUUUUGUGCAGGGUGCCAGCGCACAACGGUCAAAAAGUCACCACACUGCAAGUUUACCCUGAGGACAGCUACCUCCUCUCCACAGGAGAGGACCUGACAGUGGUGGUGUGGAGAGUAAACCCCUUUGUCAACGAUUGUCUCACCCAGCAGCUGAGCUUGAACUGUGGCCAGCCUCAAGUCUACCUGGGAGCACUGGGGCCUCAGUUGGCCCUGACCUUUCAAGAGCCCAACAGCGGCUCCUACAGCCUGAAGCACUUUAACUUGCUCAACGAGAGACAGAGAGAAACAGAUUACGAGCCCAGGGUGGGACAUUCAGAGCCCUUCACAGGGCUGUGUGUGUUGCCUGAUUUGAAGGUGUUUGUCUCCAGCAGUCUAGAUAAGACAGCGUGUAUCUGGAAUGAGGAGAAUCACAUCAUCAGGAAGCUUCACUUGAAUGCAGUGCCUGAGUGUUUGGUGUGGAGUGGGUCUGGAGGAGAACUGUUCCUGGGGAUCAAAGGGGACCUUUACAGGAUGAGCUGUGAAAAAUUCCUGCCACGCAGCUACAGAGAAACCCUUCCUGACAUUUCUUACACUGAGCCUUUUACUGACUUGCCUAUUGAGGAUAAAGACGCAUACGACCAAAGAAAGACUCCCACCGUGUCCAAAAGUGAGGAGAAGUUAUCCCAAGCAAUCUGGAGUAAUCAGAUAUUAACUGAAUAUAUGCAACAACCAAAGGAGAGUGUACGGACAUCAAACAUGGACCUAGAAGCACUCCUGCAAGGCACAGUGAAAUGCAAAAAAGGGAAGCCUCCCAGUACAAAGCAAACCAAGAAAGAGGCCUUCGGCCGCUACAUGGAAAUAGUAUACCGCCUGCCGCCCAGUGUUAAGGUGGAUUUGGAUUACACCUUUCAGCCGAAUAAAUUCAUAUUUUCAUAUACUGAACCGAAGGACUUCAGGCCUCCAGUCCCUCCCAAGUUAAAAAAGCCCGUCUCACCUCAACCUGAACCUAAGAUUGAGACUGUCCCCGUGAAAGUGAAGAAAAAGAAGGAGAAGAAGGCUCCUCCGAUGCUCGAGGACGUGAAGCCACAGCCUGUUAAGAAAGUCAUACCGAAGAAACCCGUCGUAGUGAAGAAGGAAAAAGAGCCUCCACGAAUCCUCUCUCCAGUCGAGGAACCCAAACCCAAAACUCCCUCUCCUCCUCCUCCUCCUCAACCUCAACCUCCACGUCCUCGUGUCAGAACCCCAACACCACCUCCACCACGAGAACCCUCUCCUGAAGUGCCAGCGUUCCUCAAACAGUUUGCAGAGAUGGAAUGGUUUAGAGACGUGUAUCCUGACAAAACGAGUAUCCCAAGCACCCUGUCUCCGCAAGACUUCUUCUUGAAGCUGCUGAGCUUUCUGCAAACCUGCAGCGUCCCGUCCAAGAUCAAGAUCAUCGUCGCGAUGCAGGCGCUGUACAACCAGGGGAUCCUGCAGUGUACAGACCAGCUUUACCAAAGCCUCAUUGACUCUGUGCACAAAUUUGCAAAAGCUCAGAUGUCACCCGUUGAACGGACUGUCCUCACUGAAAUCUUGAAUCUCUUGUUGCGUCUGAAACCGGCCGGCUUCGAUCUUGUGAAGACGCUGCUGAUUCUUCUCGCCUACAAAAAAACAGGCCUUCGGGAAGUCGUACUGCGCGUCCUGAAAGGUUUAGGUGUGGAUGAAGCGGAGCAGUGGCUGUGGCCUGAGCUGGAGAGCUGGGACACGGAGGUGAAGGACCAGUCUGACAUGUGGAAGAGCCUCCACGACAGAGCAGCUUGUUGGUUGGAGUUGUGGAUCUCCAAAUUCAAAGAACAUAACAGGCAUCUGUACCUCUUGAGCACAGAGAAGUGGAAACCCUCAGUCGUCAGCGCGGUGGACGUGCUCAAUCACUUCUGCUUUGUCCAAAAAGAAGAGCACAGAAAAGCUCGAUGUGCUGCACCCACAGGCCGCAAAAACACCGUGCUUUUACCUCUCUAUGACUGUAGUUCCCAACCAAUCCUUCGUUUAGGAGAGACCUACAGCAUGGCCAGGAUACGCAGGCCACCAGGUAUAAUCCUGCCUCCCAUUCGAAACCGUCCUUUCCUGAUGCACUUUCCCAGUUUCAUCACCUUGCCGUUACCUCGGGUUACCCUCUUCCCGUUCCACACCUGCUCAGACGAGGACUGGCUGAAGGCCUCAACUCGACGCUACUUCAUUCACCAGGAAUCCUUGGUAGAGUACUACAGAUGAUGCUUCCUCUUUUAAAAAUAGCCUGUAACUAUCCCAUUAACACUCGAUGAGCCCUGCAGAGAAACCUUAUUUGGAAACUAGAGGGCUCUUAGAACGUUGUUGAGUGACUGUUUAUUCUGUGACUUACAGUAUAUAAAUACAUUGCUGUGGUAGAUAAUAAGGCUGAUUUGGUAUUGUCAUUUCCUGAUGCUGGUGGAGUGAAACAUACAUAACAAAACAUCAUUUUACAAAAACACGAUAGGUACAUCGCUCAAAUAAAACUAAAUAUUUUGUAGCUACAUUCAGUUCCCGUUAAAGGAUACUUGUAGUUUUGAUUGUUUGAUGUUUAUCUUUGUAUGGCAGUGGUAGUGCAGCACCUUCUGAUUGAAUGUGUAUCAGCAGAUAUUCAAUUAUCCCCUCAUUCUAUUUGUGUUUUACCACCAAAUCUUAAGAGGAAGAAAGCUCAUGUGUAGAACAGCAUCAGACCAACAUUUAAGUUGUUAUGAUUUGUUACCUUUUACAUCACAUUCAUGCUUCCAGCAGUGCGGACUGGUUAAUUUAGUGGCACAGGUAACCUCCUCAAUGCCACCUCUCUCAUCUAAGCAUCUAACCUUAAUGCUGAUUACUGGGCAUCAAAAGCAUAAAUAAAAAUAACUGUUAACACGACAGAUGCUGAGAAAAUGAGACAAUAAACAUACUUGACAAGAACAGA